AUGCCUUCUGAUUCGCAGCACCAGGAUGAUGAAGAGGUUCGCAGUUGGGCAGGGGAUUUCGACCCGUUGGCUGACCCCGACGAACGACGAGUUCUCUUUGCUGCGUUGGACUCUUUUAGGCAAUAUCGAAGAACUGCUCACAUGAACACUACGCAUCGCCGGCGCCAGGCGUUCUAUGCUUUGCCAUCUGCUCACUGGCAAAUGCUUGCGGAGCCACCAUUCUCGAUUUUGGAUAAUUUCAACCGGGUAGAUGAUGCCAUUGAUGUGAAUGCCGAUAUCGCAGACGCCAUCCUCUCCACGGGGCUUUCCUCGUUUGGGCUACCGGCGAACCCCGAUCCAGAGGACCCGCGCCAGAAUUGGCAUAACACGGCGACUUCUUCAGACGUUAACAAAGCCCACUCAACUAUCAGGCAAUUCUAUCGCGACUGGAGCUCCGAGGGUAAAGCGGAGAGAGAAGUCUGCGUGGAACCAGCUGUGCGCGAACUGCGAGAUGAGUUCGGCGAGAGACUUGCCUCCGGGGAGGAAAUCAAGGUGCUAGUCCCUGGAGCUGGCUUGGGGAGAUUGGUCUUUGAAGUCUGCCAGGCUGGGUUUGCUGCCGAGGGCAACGAAAUUUCAUACCACCAGUUGCUUGCCAGCAGCUGGGUCUUGAACCAUACGUCUGGGCCCCAGCACCAUGCGCUGCAUCCGUUUGCACUACACUUCUCAAAUCUCCUAUCCAGAGAGCAACAGCUGCAGAAGGUGAUGAUCCCAGAUACGCACCCUGGGGUAGCCAUGGUUGAGGCGCAGGCGAACCAGACACCCUUUGGAUCGAUGGGGAUGUCCGCAGCCGACUUCGUGGUGCUCUACAGCAACUCGUCCAAUAAAGAAGCAUACGAUGCGGUGGCCACGGUCUUCUUCAUCGACACAGCCCCCAAUCUCAUUCGGUACAUCGAGACGAUCCGACACUGCCUGAAACCCAACGGGGUGUGGGUCAAUAUCGGCCCAUUGUUAUGGCAUUUCGAGGACGGCAGCAACCGUAGCCAGCGGGAAGGAGACCGCAAUGAGCACCAGGGGAUUGGGGAACCUGGUAAUGUGGAGCUGACAGAGGAAGAAGUCUUUUGCCUUGUGGAGCGCAUGGGCUUUACCAUUGAGAAGCGGCAGGAAGUGGAAGAUCGGCCGAUGUGUGGCUAUAUUCAGGAUCCUCAGAGUAUGCUCCAGCCACUCUACAAGCCAUCCAAGUGGGUGGCACGGAAGAAGAAUCCAUAA